AUGCUAGGCUAUUGCUGCAACAUUCCUCGUGAACUCCUGCUCACUGGUGCUUUUUUUCCUGACGUUGUGCUGCUAAGCAGCAGAACUUCCUGCCCAAGAUGCCUGUAUUGCGAAGAUCCAAAGGAGUCCCUCACCAUCGUCCUGAGGAGCAACGCCGCUAUGCUCAGAGCUUUAGAGCUGGAAUUGGACCCUUUGCGUUCAAACCUUGCCAUUGACAAGGGAAAGGACAUGCGCAGGUUCAAGCCUCGGACCAGCGACGAUUGCCAGUCGCUGAGACGUUCUUGCUUGCCGCUGUCUGACACCAUUCCUCUUCUGCGGAAGCUUGAGGUGUAG